CUCAACAGCAGAACUCCACAAGAACCAAGCUGAAAAUGAGUCCCUUCGCCAGUCUGCUGAUGCUCUUCAUGCUGGGCCUCACUCAGGCUUAUCAGGACAUGUAUGAAGAAAUCCCAGGAGACGACGAGGAGACUAUUGACAUUACCACCGCAAUUCUGAGCACCAACAAUGGCACAAGUGAGUUACUAAUGGAAGGGGACAUGCUGCUUCCCAAUAACAGAAAUGCCCUGAAGUGCUAUUCCAAUAGCUGCCUGUGGAAGAAAUCCUCCAACGGCUUGGUGACUAUCCCCUAUAUCAUUAGUCCUCAAUUCAGCGGCAUGGAGAGGCAGAAGAUUGAGAAGGCGAUUAAGUCUUUCCACGGCAGGUCCUGCAUCCGCUUCGUCCCUCGGCGCAAUGAAUACGACUUCAUCAGCGUUGAGAACAAAGGUGGCUGCUUCGCAGCUCUGGGCAGACAGGGAGGGAUGCAGGUGGUGUCACUCAACCGUCAAGGCUGCAUCUACCACGGCAUCAUCCAGCAUGAGUUCCUUCAUGCUCUGGGCUUCCAGCACGAGCAGACCAGAAGCGACCGUGACAACUAUGUCAGAAUCAUCUGGGACAACAUCGACUCGGAGAUGGCCUUCAACUUCUACAAGCAAGACACCAACAACAUGAACACCCCCUAUGACUACUCCUCCAUCAUGCACUAUGGGAAAACAGCUUUUACCGUCAAUGGGAGAGACACCAUCGUACCCAAUUCUGGCGCCAAAAUCGGCCAGAGGCAGGGCAUGUCCAGAGGUGACGUCGCAAGGAUCAACAUACUUUAUGGCUGCUAAUAACACUUUCGACCUCUUUAGUGUCAAAGUUAUUGUUCAGCAAAAUGAUCAUCAUGACGAAUGCAACAAAUUUGCUUGCUCUUUAUUCCUUCAAAAUCAGUUUGUCCAGUAGUGUUCUUGAUGUAUACAGUACAAUAAAACCAUAGCAAAUUGACCCAUCCUGCGUCUUUUAUGC